AUGGCGGCUUUGCUCUUGUGCAUCAUCGUCUACUCUCUCGGUGACGAGGGCGAAAUUAACAUGUCGCUCGUCGGGUUGCUCUUGGGCCUUGGUGCAGCCCUCUCAGACGGAGUCGGCGACAUCGCCUUUGAGGCCACGGCGAAGUCCUGCCUCGACGCCCUGGAGGAGGAUUCGAGUGCCGAGACGCUCAGGUGCUUCCUCGUGAACGAGCUGUACAAGUCCGUGUUCAACAUCAUAUUGAUGCUCGUGUUCGAGCACAAGUACUUGUUGCGAGGUCCUUUCCAUGGCUGGGGCCUCCCCAUGCUCGUCGGCGGUGUCAUGCCGCUCCCCGUGAUGGUCGCGCUUUACAACACGGCCAUCUUGACGGCCGGCAACUUGAAGACCAGGAUCGUUGCGUCCGCCGAUAUCGGCAUCGCCUAUGUCGUGGAUGCGAUUAUCUUCGGUGACACGGUCAGGAUCUCCCAGUGUUUGUUGAUCUUCGCCAUCAUCGCCCUGAUCGGCGUCUACACCCAGUUCGCCGUCGACGUGCAGGAGGCCGCCGCAGACGCCCUCAUCAGGUCGGAGAAGCCAGAUGUAGGUAUUGUGUGUGGUGUAAAAAGUUUUCGCGGGCCCUCAUCGGGGGAGCUCUGCGUCUCGGCCAAGGCUGGCGACCGCAGUAGUAGCAGUAGUCGUGCUGCCUACGGGCGAUGUUACUCUUAG